UUGCUGUGCUUUGUCUCAGACCAUAUGAUUCAAAAUGUUCACAGAAACAAGACCAGCCCCUGUAACUGUGCAGAGACCUGAAGUUCUUGAUCUGAUGAGUUUGCCAUUGAGAAAAAAAAGAAAAGGGAAAAAAAGAAGUGAGGAAGUUAAAUGGCUUCCUGUUUUGAUAACGUGUUUUGGACCAGAUCGAUUCCAAACACGAUCAGAUUCUGUGUUUCUCUGUGUUUUUAGAAACGUGUAACACCUUCAGUCAGAGUAAUAUACCUGCAUUAGAAGUUCUGUGUGGCUGAGCUGAGCACAAGGCUGUUUUUUUCUUUGUACUUUAAAAGCAACAAUUCUGAGAUACAAGAUUUCCUCUCAAAGGUCAGCAGAGGUGAAGAUAUCACUUUGCAGAGGAAUGAUGGAGGAGAACGUCUUUAAUUAUCAGAAAGAAGAAGAGCCUGUGGAACUUGAGUCUUUUCAGGGGGAGAAGAGGAAACUCAUACAACCAACAUCUUUAAAAGAUCCCAAACUUGAAAAGCUGAAGGAGGCACUGGUUGAUUGGAUCAAUAAGACUUUGAAACCCGAGCACAUCGUAGUUCAGACUCUGGAGGAGGAUGUGUAUGAUGGACUGGUACUUCAUCACCUGCUGUCCAGGCUGGCCGACGUGCAUUUGAAUGUGGAAGAGAUGGCGCUGACCAGCACAGCUCAGAUCCGCAAGCUGGAAAUAAUCAUGGAGGAGCUGGACAAGAGACUGGGCACGCAGGACAGCAGUCAGAUCAAAUGGAACGUGAAACUCAUCCACAACAAAGACCUUCUGGCCACCCUUCAUCUGCUUGUUGCCAUGGUGAGAUGUUUCCAGCCUGAAUUGGAUUUGCCGCCUGAUGUGAAGAUUGAAGUUGUAGUCGUAGAAGUCAGCAAAAGUGGAAUCAAAUCAGAUGUGCAAGUGGAAAUCUUAACAGAGGAAAGCAGCGACAUCGACUCCCUCAGCAAUACUGAAAGGGAAGAUCCCAUCGAGCAACUGCUGAAGCUUGAGGCUCACAAGGUCAACACAGUGAAAAAGGCCCUGGUACACUUUGUCAACCAGCAUAUAUCAUCUCUGGGUCUGCAGGUGAUAGAUAUGGACAAACAGUUUGCUGAUGGUGUGAUUCUGCUGCUGCUGAUCGGACAGUUGGAGGGUUUUUUCAUCCCGCUCUUUGACUUCAACCUGACCCCUGUCAGUGACUCUGAGAUGCUUCAUAAUGUCACCUUGGCCUUGGACCUCUUGAAGGAUACAGGCUUUCAGCUCUCCAAUGUUGACCCACAAGAUAUUGUCUCUCUGGACACCACUGCAACCUUGAAAGUCCUCUACGCUCUUUUCAACAAGCACAAAGGGAAAUGAGAGAGGACAUCGUGUAAAGACGAGCGGCGCAGCGGGAAAUACAGAAACGGCCAAGUAGUGCGUUCAGCCAAUUACUAAAAGGUGAUUCUGCAGUUUUGAGAAGUUUGGCUGACGCUGUUUCCAGGCUGAAUUAAAGGAUUAAAGUUAUGUUCUAUAAAGUGAAGUGAAAUGCUGGUUGGAGGAUCUUUAGUUUGUGUAUUAUGAUGUAGACUAUGUGGCUUAAAAUAUGUGGAUCGCGACAGCCGAAAGAGGGUGUGAAUAAAAAUCAUUCAGAAUUAUGCUUGAAUGACUCAAAGUCGAGAGCUCCACAAUCAUCAUAGAUAAAUUUUACUUAUUGCAAGUUAAAUAACUUGUUGAAGCAGGAUUACAGCCUUACAAAUGUAUUUUUAAUGUCACUGUGUCUUUAAGAAAAACAUCCUGUAUGUGAACAUUUUUAUCUCAAUAAAGCUUAAAGAGCAGUACCAAAAAGGGGAGGAUUAGAGCUUCAGAUGGGAGUACUAAUCCAGCAAAUUGCUUUAGCGUUUUUGUAUCAGAAGACAGAAAAUGAGAAAUAUUAAGAUGUUGAUGUUUAUGUAUAUUAAGCUGAUGCAAGUCAUUUGAUGCAAACAAAAUGUCAGUGUACUAUCUUUUUAAAAUAAGAUCCAAAACUGUAAUGGCACCAAUAAAAGUCGAACAAGCCAUCGACAGUCAAACAGGCUUUUAAUAAACCUCAGGUUCUCUUUUCCUGUGCCAACGUGUAAAAAAUACAUAUAAAAGUGUGCCAACUCAAAGUGUCUUGACUAGACUAUUGAUUUCUUUACGACUUGUUUCAUCAUCUGUGUGUGUUUUUGGUUGUUUUUAACUCUCAUAUUUUAGAAAAUAUAAGCUACAAAGAUAUUGUUGGUUACAAUGUAUUUAUAGCUUAUGGCCUUCACUGUUAUAUAUUGCAUACUGUAGCUGAAGCUGUAAGACCCAGUUUAUGAUAAUGUAUAAUAAUUACCAUUUCAACAAAGGAAGCUAAACAUCAAAAACCGCACACUUCUGUGUUUGCGUAUGAGCACAGCACAUUUAAAUAUAGCACCGUUAAAGCUGUCACCUGUUUACAUCAUACUGUGACAGCACAAGGAUCAAUAAAUAUUAAUUGACAGCAUAAAUCAACUGCAUAGAAGUUUUAUUUUGGCUCACUGGUCACAUUUGGUUUACUCUUGCCUAGCCCUUGUUUACCUCUUGUCUCAUUCUCUUCUUCUUUCAGACUAACAGUGUUGGAAAAUGAGACUUUUCAUUCUUUGUACACCACACCCCUGGCUUUGGCUGUCAUUUCUCAAUAAACAAUGUGGAUUUC